CACACCUGGCUCAUAAUGAAUCCUGCACCAUUCCUUUUCCCUAUAUAGCCACAUCUACUGCCUCCCUACACCUCGAUUCUCUCUCUCUCUCUCUCUUUGUCUAUGAAAUGGUGGUGGCAGCAGAAGUUAGGAGGAGGAAGAAGACUAGGGGUUUGCCGAGAGAAGGUAACGACAGGGAGAACCCAUUUAAUCGUCUGCCGGACGAGUGCAUCGCGGAGAUAUUCAGCUACAACCCCGACCCUACGGAUCGAUGGCUGUGUGCCGCCGUGUGCAAGAAGUUUCUGCUACUGCAAGCUCACAUGAAGAUAUCGGAUUUCAAGGUGAAGGAGUCGGCCAACCAGUCCGGCGCGGGAGACCGAAUGAAGAGGUGCUUAGAGGGGAGCCAUGCCAUGGACACGAGGCUGGCCGCCAUGGCCGUCUGCAAGUGGGCGAAGGGGAUCGUCGGCGAUCUGAGCAUCAGGGGGGAUUUCCUUGUCCGGAAGGCGGCGUCGUACUCGACUCGAGUGCCGCAUGGGGUGACCGAUUGUGGCCUCGAUAUCGUCGGUUCCGGCUUCCCUUGCCUCAAGUCGCUCGCCCUCUGGGGUUGUCUCUACGUAACCAACAGGGGGCUCGUCUGCGUGUCCAGAGGUUGUGCUCUCUUGGAGAAACUCGAUCUGUGCGAGUGCCCCUUGAUCACGGACGAGGGGAUGGUGGCGGUGGCGAGAGGGCUGAGGAAGCUGACCACACUAAGCGUCGAGUCCUGCAGAAACAUCGGGAACAGCAGCCUCAAGGCUUUCGGGGCCUACACUCCCACCCUCCAUUCCAUCUCCGUGAAGGGCUGCCGGCUCGUCGGCGACGAAGGCGUGUUCGCGAUUCUCGCAGGACUACCGAAUCUCAAGAGGCUCAAGCUCGCACAGCUUCGCGCGAAUCUUCGCGCUGUGCUGGCCUUAGUGAGGCACUGCAGGGCCCUCGCCUCGCUCUCUCUCGAAGGUUACUCCUUCGACGUUGCAACCCAGAAUGCCAGCGGCGCCGACGUGGAGAACAAAGAUGUUGCUUUCCUCGACUCUCCUGACUUGCGGAGCUUGGCCAGGUUUAGGCCCGUCGGAAUGGAGUGCUCCAAUCUGAAGAGCGUAUCCAUUAGCGGGAGCUGGGCAUUGAACGAUGAGGGUCUUGUGGCAAUAGGUCGAGGGGUAGGUGCAUUGGAGAAGUUUGCUCUGGAGGCGUGCCACCGGGUUUCUUUCAGUGGGUUGGUGGAGUUCCUUUCUGGGUAUGCCAAAAACCUCAAGAGCCUCUCGCUGACAAGAUGCAACGCCAUUGUAGAGACGAGCAGAUCAUGGGCAGGUUUAAACUCACCACCUUCCUGCAAUAAACUGGAAACCCUAAUGGUGGGAUGCUGCGUUUUGCUAGGGGACGCUUUCCUGGAUUGGAUAGGAAGUGUUUGCUCAAACCUGCGCGAAGUGGAGCUCAUUGGCCUGGAGCAAGUAUCGGAUCGAGGUCUUGCCAGCCUACUGAUGAUGGGCUCCGGUCUGGAAGUCCGCCCCAUUGAGAGGGUGACCUUAAAUGGCUGUACAGGCUUAACUGAUUCUUCCAUUUCUGAGAUAUGUCGUUGCUUCGGUCCACAGCUGAAGUCACUAAGCCUUGGUGACUGCCCGAGGCUGAGUGGCCAUUGUCUGCGGGUGAUUGCCUUCUACUGCACGGAGUUAAGGGAUUUAGACGUUUCAGGCGGCACUAUUACGGAUGCAGACUUGGCUCAUCUCCACAAAAUGUUGUGGCUGACGACGUUGAACCUAAGGAACUGCCCCGGAUUGAGCCAGAAGGCGAUCGACUCCUUCGAGUUGAGCCAUUUUGAAUGCGACCUAGUUUGUUAGACGAUUGGUAAUUGUGGCAGUCUUUACGAAAUCAAAGUACAGUCACGUUGUAGAAUGAGUUCAUGUACAGAGGGAGCCGCAGCCUUUUCUUGAUGCGGGAUUGACAUAAAAGGAUUUCUGCGCAUUUGUUUCCUACUUCUGUUGGUCUUCGCUGUUUUUCUGCUUAAUCCUUCAUUUACAUUUGUGGUUGCGCAGUGGACCUAAGGAUGGUCCUGCUAUGCAGAGCACAAAGUUAUAAAUACAAUACUCAUUUGCUGGGAGCGGUGGAGAGGAAACAGAGACCCGC